CGCCGCUGAAUGCUUGGAAGCGAUCAGCGAAACAUUCUGUUUUUCAUUAUUCAUCGAUCUCAUUUCUAUAUAUUUGUAUCUUGUACCUCUGUAAUUAGCUGACUGCUAAGCAUAUUUUAAUGGCCGAGAAACGAAAACUGCUCAAUGAAAUUGAUAAAUGUUUCAAAAAGGUUGAGGAAGGUGUGGAAUUAUUUGAAGAAACAAUGGCCAAAAUGCAGGAAGCGAAUAGUGAUAAUCAGAGGGAGAAGUUUCAGGAUGAUUUGAAGAAAGAAAUAAAGAAGUUGCAAAGGCUAAGAGAUCAAAUCAAGGGUUGGCAAAAUUCAUCUGAUAUCAAGGAUAAAGAUAAAUUGACCUCUUAUCGGAAGUUAAUAGAACAAAGGAUGGAGCAGUUCAAAGAUAUUGAAAGGGAAAAUAAAACCAAACCACACAGCAAGCAGGGAUUAUCAGCCGAAGAAAAGCUUGAUCCGCGGGAAAAAGAAAAAACAGAAACUGUGGAAUGGUUGCAGUGCCAAAUACGAUAUAUGGAGGACGAAGCCGAUAAGACGGAAUCGCAAAUUGAAUCUUUGUCAACAGCCGAUCAAACUAGAAAGAAAGGUAAAAGGGAUGAUCCGAAGAAAGGCGAGAAAGAGAAGUUGAAACGACUAGAUGAUUUGAGAAAACACUUGGAACGGAUAAGGUUUCAUGUGUCAAAGUUGGAAAUCUGUAUGAGGCUUGUUAAUAACGAAACAUUGGAAAGUAAGAGAGUAAUGGAUGCAUUGAAAGAACCUUUUGAAAUGUAUAUCGAAUCUUUGGAUCCCGAAAGUGAGAAUGAUCCUGAGUCAUUUGAUCCCGAAACAACAGGGGUUUAUGAUGAGUUAGAUCUGCAAUCAUAUACGCCGCAAUUGGGUGGUGCUAUUUUUGGUUCUGCUGAUUCUGAUGAAAAAAUGGAAAACAAUGUGGAUGGGAGAAUAUCACCAGCUGCAUCACCUGCACCGGUCUUACCAAAGGAAGUGGACGACAAUACAACAAAACAAAGACAUUUGAGCGGCGAGCCCAAUGUACUCCUGACACGACAAACAUCAGCCAGCAGAAGUACGCCAGCUACACCGUUAAAGCUCACGAAUCAAGCGAGUGGUGAAAGUUCGCUUAGUUCACCGCCGCCACCAGCUACACCACCACCACCUCCAGGAAUACCAUACAGCGUGGCUGUUGGACUUGGGACGAAAAACACCAAGGGAAGCAUUGUACAAACAAGUGUAAAGCAACCAGUUGAAGUGGUACGACAGUCGCCGGGCAUUAUUUCUGUGACAACAACAACAACAACUACCAGUUCAGUUGCACAGCAACAGCAACAGCAACAACAACAACAACAACAGCAACAACAACAAAUUGCAAUAUCUGGAGUAGUGCAGCAGCAGCAGCAGCAGCAACAACAACAGCAAGAGCAACAGCAACAACUACCACAACAACAACAACCACAACAGCCACAACAACAACCGCAACAACAACCACAGCAACACCAGCCAACGGCUCCUGUAAACGAUGAAAACGCAAUUCCAUCAUCACUGCAUAUUGACUUGCCAUCAAGUGUAUCAUCACAGGCAACAGCAGCAUUAAGUUCAGGAAUACUGCCAACAUCACGAUCCUCAACACCGGAUUCCAAUGUUGCUAAACAUUUUUCCGUUUCGAGUUCAACAAGUAGCCAGCAUGAGAUUGCUACGUUGAAGUCAAUGGCGGCACAGGCAUCAUCACUGCAAAAUUCGGUAACAAAUACGGCCGCUUUAAACAUGCCAUCGUCAACUGUGGCACAUUCCACAACACUGGUAACUUCUCAAGUGAACAGCAAGACGAGUAGUGCGUUGAAUAUGAUUACCGUAACUGCAAGUGCAGCUGCAGUAAAUGCAACUACGGUAUCAUUACAAAAUAAUGUAGUAGGAAAUGACACUGAUCAGAAUGCCUUGCGACAGGUCUUGCGGAUGAAUACCACGCAGGAUAUCCGAAAUCACUUACCGCAAACGGCCGUGAUACCAGCGUGGCUUGGGGCAUCACCACUAGGCCGUUCACCGGUAAUGCCAGAGUAUGAAACGCAGCUGAAAUUGUUAGAACAUGCGCUCUCUCGAACACCAUUACCGAUGGAUUCCGAGAAACCACGAAGUUAUUUGCCGAAAAUGCCAUGCGUUACCGCAGCUUAUUAUCCGCAAGCGCCAUUAAUCAAUGCGGAUACAUUAGAGUACUACCUCCGAUUGAGUCCAGAGACACUUUUCUUCGCUUUUUAUUAUAUGGAGGGUUCACGUGCACAACUACUAGCGGCAAAAGCGUUGAAAAAGCUUUCAUGGCGAUUUCACACGAAAUAUUUGAUGUGGUUCCAGCGACAUGAGGAACCGAAGCAAAUAACUGAUGAUUAUGAGCAAGGUACAUAUGUGUAUUUCGAUUAUGAGAAAUGGUCCCAACGUAAGAAGGAGCAGUUUACAUUCGAAUAUCGAUAUCUGGAAGAUAAAGAUUUCGAUUAAGCGACAAUUGUUAACAAUGCAGAUUGUGUUAGGUUAAAUGUCGUUCUAUUCCUUCACAGUUGUGUUUGAGGCAUACAUCUUUAAUCAGCUUCUGUUUUCUAGAUUUCGUCGGUUAAAAAUUAGACAUCUUUUCUAGUCGUGAUUAAUUUAUUAACGAAAACAAGGCCUAGAAGUUGUAAAUCGUGGCGCUCCAAAUGAUGUAAUGCUCUUGUUGAUAUGCCUUAAAUGCUGACUGUAUUCGUAUUGCUGUUAUAUUGCUGUUGCUCUUGUAGCAAAUUGUAUGAAUUAUUUUGC